UGAAAUAAGAAAACAAAUACUAAAAACAGUUCUAAUCAAAUACAUUUAAGUUUGUUUAGAGACCUACAGUGGGUUGCUAAACUAACAGAGAAAUGAAGACAGAAAAGAAUCAAAGUGAAAGUUAAAAAAUGUGAAAAUAUUAAAAUAAUAAAUCAGAAAACGAUGCUGACUCCUCAUCAUUUUGACACAAAAUCUAUAAUAAACAGCUGAUAACCUUGCAGUACGCUAUCUAGUGCUUGGCAUUAAUUCAGCUGAUCAUGCGGCAACCAGAGCUUAUUUUUCUGACAGUUUUCUUUUUUAACGUUCUUGGACAACAUCCACAGGAUGUAAAAGUGCGAACUGGGGAGGGUACAAUCCUAAAUUGUACAAUAAAUACAGAGCAAUGUGGGCAAGUUCACUCCAUCAAGUGGUAUCAAGAGAAUACAAGAGUGUUUGUAUACAGUCCUAUAUCAAACUUUAAGAAAGCUGAAGCUACGUUGAAGAAAAGAGGAAGUAUGGUUUCAGAUAAUACUUCGGCUCUUCUAUCCUUCUAUCCAACAAGGUAUGAAGAUGAGGGUAUAUAUAAGUGUGAAGUAACAUAUCUAGAAAUCCAUCGUGGGUGUCCUGUUGUCCAAGCUUUCAAUCUUAGAACUAUUGAGAAGCCAGCUAGACAACGUAUAUUGUACAAUAGUACAGUUUACACUAACAGUCUCAUCACCAACCUACCAGAAGGAUAUGAAGCAGUAUUGGUUUGUGAAAGUGAAGGAGGACGACCAACUCCAAGUGUAAACUGGUAUUUAGGCGCUACACUGAUUCAGGGAAAAGAAAGUGUUCUCUCAACAUCAAACAAGGGAGCAACUAUUAGUAAAGAAAUAAAACUAAAAGUUCUGAGGGAACACCUUGGUGAAAAGAUAAGUAACACCUUUCUCCCCCUAGUAGUUAAGAAUGAAGCGAUGACUAAUCAUCAAGAAGCAUUUGUUCAGUUAGAUUUAGUUCUCAAACCUCUUAGUACAACUAUUACAGGUUCAGUUGAUGAUGUACUGGAGGAUGAGGAGAUGUACCUGGUUUGUGUUUCCAAGGGAGCUCGUCCUGCCGCAGUAAUUUCAUGGUUUAAUGAGUCUAAUCCUCUCUUCUCAGAACAGGUUAAACAUGUUUCCAGUUUACUUGCUGAUGGAACAUACAUAACCCAGAGCAAGAUCAAGUUCCGUGUUACUAAAGCAGAUGAUAACCAUAAAGUGUACUGUAAAGCUAGCAAUGAAAUUACAGAAGGACAAUCUCUGCAACCUCAAAUAGCUGAGGUUAAACUGACAGUGAAGUUUGUACCUGUUGUCAAUGUACGUGAAAAAGACAUGGCAGCUACUAAGGGUUCUAAUCUCAACAUAACCUGUGACUAUUAUGCAAAUCCACAGUUUCCUAUCAGUGUCACUUGGCUCAAGAACUCGAGACUGAUUGAUACAAACACUAGUAAAUAUCUGACCCAAUCAGGAGUUUCAUGGUUAAUCAUUAACUCUAUUCUUCCCUCAGACCAGGGGGAUUAUUCUUGCCUGAUUAGAAAUAGUAUUGGAGAAGGAAAACCCAAAUAUCCAAUCAAUGUUCAGGUUUUAACAGUUCCUCAAGUCAGUCUAAAAAUGUAUCCCGAGUCCCCGAUCAAAGAGAAUAGAAAGCAAAAUGUCACACUUUUCUGUGAUGUAAUGCGGGGUAAUCCUUCCAAGCUAAUUCGUGUUAAAUGGUACAUGGAUGGUAUUUUGUUGACAGAGUUACCCCGGUGCCAAAAUCCCCUUGAAAGCCUGUGUAAUGUAGAUCCCAGUAAAUUGAUUCUAGAAUCUGUAAACAGAGAGUUUGUCGGACACUACUCCUGUGAAGGAUUUAAUAGUGUAGGACCAAGUCCCCUUUCUACGCCUGUUGAACUUGACGUCUUGUACCCCCCUGGAGCAGGGAAAAUAAUUCCCAGUCAGGAUAAAAUAUUCAAAAAUGAAGAAGUGAACCUAACCUGUGAAUUGAGUAACAUUGGUAAACCGAAGGCCCAGAAGUUUAUAUGGUUUGUCCAAGAUACUGUGAUAGAUGGAGUAUCGUCUCAAACUUGGCAAAUAAAUCCAAUAAUACUUGGAACACAAGCAAAUAUAUCAUGUGUGGCCUUUAACAGUGUCGGGGCAGGGACAAAAGGAUUUCUUGCAGUUGAGGUUCUCGCAAAACCCACUUUUCUGCAAAAUCUUCCGCCCUACACCGGAACCCCUGUUAAUGCCAAUAAAAUAGAGUUUUUAUGUCAAGUUGAAUGCCUACCAAGCUGCCAAAUUGUCUGGCUAAGGAAUGAAAUUCCAAUCAGGAACCAGGAGAAGAAUUUCUCAAUACAAGAGAAAUAUAUCCCAGAAGUGUUAAACAAGGGGAUAUUUCCAUCUAUUCUAUCAAUCCUAACCCUUACUCCAGUAUCUAGGCUAAGCAACUCCAAGGAUAACUCCAACUUCAGCUGUGAAGCCCGGAGUAGAGAAGGUGCGUUAUUACUCCGGUCUGUUACCAGGUUCAGUGUAGAGUUCCCUCCAACCAACCUACACCUGUCAAGCAAGGAGCUGACCGUUCUAGAGAAUACAGUACCUGGAUCUAUCCUAUGCUCUGCUGAAGGAUAUCCUGCACCUAUCUUUCAAUGGACCUUCAAUGGACAUGUGAUACAGAAAGACCAGUUGCUAAGAUUUAGUGAAUCAGUGGAUCGAGGGUUGGAUGGUAUCUAUACAUGCGAAGCAUACAAUAGACAUGGUAUUACAUCAUCUACCCUUACAUUAAAGGUUGUAUAUCCCCCAACCUGCUCCCUACACUCGCAAAUAUUAAACUCUGUGAUAAAACUAAGUUGUGAUAGUAAGGGGUCUCCUGGUGAAUUUACGUUUAAUUGGUUCAGAAAUAAUCAAUCAAUACUAAUAGACGGAAGUAGCGUGAUGGUCCUGCAAGGGGAGGAGGGGAUGGCUGGAACAUAUUCUUGUUUAGUAAACAACACCAUAGGAACUUCUUCUUGUGAAACUACGAUAUCAGAUUUAGGUCUUCUGUCUUUUGCUCAAGCGGACAUUUUUAUUGCAGCAACAGGUAUAGUUGUUGUAGCAGUCAGCGCAAUGGUUGGAAUUAUUCUAGUAAUUUGGAGGCUUAGAGUUCUCAGGCAACAGAGGAGAAACAGAAGCAAUAAGGCAGAUGAGAGUAGAAAAUGUAGAAAUGAUUAUAACUCUAAUUCAAGACAAUUGUAGCAAACCUAGCUUAGUGAAUAACAAAUUAAUGUUCUACAAAUGUUUAUCGUUUUAUUUUACAAAAAUAGUGUUUAAAUUUAAUUUUAGAAAUAACUGCAAUAUUAUUCAUUCUGAAAUCAUAUCUGAAAAUCAAAAUAAUUAUACAUUUAUACUUUAGUCUAUUGCUGUAUUAGAAAUCUAUGUAAUUAAAUCAAAAUCUCAAAAAAAUAUUUUAAGGUAAAGGAAUUGAGUCUUUGCC